AGAAAUUUUCUACUUCAGUUCUCAGAAUUCAAUUUCUUCAUGUAGUUUGUAUGAACAUUGUACAUAGCCUUAUCAAGAAAUAAUUUCCAUCUCUACUAUCAAAUGAUGAGUAACCAAUAAAAGGAGGAUCAUGCUUAUACGAAUGGUUCUUUUAAAAUUCUUAUACGUUGACGUCAUAUAUACAUACCUAUCAUGAUUAUUUUAAUUUUUUGUCUAAUACUUAUAUAAUUUAUAUCUCAAAGUAAUGUGGAUUUUUGUUGUAAAUGUACAUGCAAUAUAUAUAUAAAUUAAUUUUAAAUAGAUCAGAACUCAGCAUUUUAUUACAAUUAUUUUUUUAAAUUAGCAAUGGCAUUAGAAGCAGAAGAGCAUUUCAAAACACCUGAAUGGGUUUCCAAGUUAGAAAACAAACAUAAAAAGCACCAUAAAUUAGCUCAUGAAAUUGGAUCUGGUUCAUCUUGUUUGAAUUGUUUGGAUAAAUGUCCUGGUUUAGAUCUACAUUUCUGGCGAAAAGUAUGUAAAAAUUGUAAGUGUAAAAAAGAAGAACACAAUAUAACUGAAGAUGAUCAAUUUGAGCAGUUUGAAAUAUUGUUUAAUGAUUCCAAGUCAAAUUAUCAACCAGUCAAAGCUACUUUGAAUAUGAUUAUUAAAUCAAAUGGUCAAAUAAUUCAAGUUCAAGCUGAUCAAAACCAAAAUACUUUAAAAUUUGAUUGGAUACCUCCAAAUGUUAAUAGAGAUCUUGCUUCUGAAUAUAUGCAGCAAUUACCAUCUGAUAAAUUACCAAUAAGUGGUAGUGAGGGAGCAUUAUAUAGACGCCAACAGCUUGAAAAACAGGUUCCUUUACAUGAUUUUAAUGCAAAUGUUUGUCACAAUUUAACAAAAGAAGAAGAAAAUGCAAUGUCUUCAUAUUUAAAAGAAUUGAAAGAAAAUGCAGUUGGUCUAGGUUUUGUUAAAAAAUUGACAGAUAAAUCGAAUCCGUUAUCAUGUUUAAAGAAUCUGAAUUUAACUACGAAUCCUUUUAAAACCAUUAAAUAUUGUGAAGAUAAUGAUUUUCCACCUCCUCCUUCAGAACUACUUUAUCCUGAUCCGACUAAUUUAAAAACUCCUCUUAAGUUUGUUAAAAAUAAAAGUUUUUCAGAGGUUGAUAGGCUAUGUCAAAGUUUUCCUAAAAAUUCUUUAGAUAAUGUAAAUAAUAAUCAAAAUGAUAAUAAAAUAACUUUGCCCACUAAACCAAAUAUUUCCAACUCGCAAAAUUUAUCCCAAAAAAAUGAUAAUGUAUUCUCAGUCAAUCAAAAUGAUAAUUUCACACCCUCACUAUAUGAAGAAAAUAAUCCUAAAUUUCUAAAAAAUAAAAAAGAAGUUGUACCUUCUGCUCAAAACGAUGUAUUCAUUGUACCAGAAGGAAAGAAAUUAUUUUGUAAACAAUGUAGUGGUAUGAUUCUUCCUGGAGAAAUUGCUGUAUUAGCAGAGCGAACUGGUGAAGAAGUGCUCUGGCAUCCUUCAUGUUUCGUGUGUACUACUUGCAAAGAACUAUUAGUUGAUCUUGUUUAUUUUUUCUUUAAAGGAAAUGUGUAUUGUGGUAGACAUUAUGCAGAAAGUCUCAAUAUUCCACGUUGUCUGGCUUGUGAUGAAUUGAUAUUUUUGAAAGAAUAUACAAUAGCUGAAAAUCAUACAUUUCAUGUUCGGCAUUUUUGUUGUUUUGAAUGUGACAAACCUUUAGCUGGCUUAGAAUAUGUUCAGAUUGAUAAUCAACCAGUUUGUUUAGACUGUUAUCAAGUGAAAUAUGGAAAAAAGUGUGAAACAUGUCAUAAAAACAUUUUUGCUGGUGAAAAUAGAAUUGGCUGGAAAGAUUUAAGUUGGCAUGAGUCACCAGCAUGUUUCAAAUGUUAUCAAUGUUUUACUCCUCUUUUAGGUAAAAAAUUUACUGUAAAAGAUGAAAAUCGCCCUUUGUGCAGCAAAGAAUGUGUUAUUAAUUAUAAUAAUUCAACUGAGAUCUAAUUUUUUUUUUGGUAAAUUUACUAUAUACAAUUAUUUAUUUUUAUAAUAUUAUUUAUAGAGUUGAGUUAUUAAUUCCAAAUACUAUUUUCUAAUUUAUUGUACAAAAUUUAAUUAAUUAUAGUGAACAUACAACUUAAUAAAUUUGGGAAAAUUUAAUUUAAUAUUUGUAAGUUACCCUCUCAUCUUUAUGUAUAUUAAAGUAUUUUCUAGAUAAAUAACUAAAUUGACCAAUUAAUUUAACUUAGUCUAUUUUAAAUUAUUGGUUAUUUAAUUUUUAUUACUAUGAUAAAUUGUUCAACAACUUAAUUUACUACUGGAUGUGGCUACUAGGUAAUAACAAUUAAUGAUUUAUAUGUAGUUGCCACUUUCAGCAGUUUACAUUUAGUAUCAUUGAGCAAUUUAACAUAUUAAUAAAUAUUGAUAAUAUAAAUUAAAAAUAUAUGAUUGUCAAA